CUGAAAAGAGGAAGCUUGUGGGUCAGCCACUUAGUUCUGCCUGUGUUAUAGUGAGGAGGAGCUGCUUAGGAGAAGAUGAAGCCCUUGUCCCUGUUAAUUGAGAUAUUGAUCAUUCUUGGGGUCAUAAUUAAAAAUAUUGAAGCAGAAAAGCAUAGUAAAAAGCAAACGGAAAGAAAUGCCACUACACAGGUAUCAGCGAAUGAACUCAAACAAUUUUUAUCACACAUAUUGGAACGAAGAAAACUGAUUAAAGUGAUCUAUCAAAGAGAAAAUGCCUUAGGAAAAAAGAAGAUUCAACGUAAAUUAAGAAUAAAAGGAAUUCAAAAUAAAGAUCUCUCGAAAAGAAAUAAAAAUCAUUUAAGAAAGCAAGCAAAGAAAAAUUUCACAGAUGAAGGAGACCAGCUGUUCAAGACGGGCAUCAAGAUUCUCCAGCAGUCUAAAAACCAAAAACAAAAAGCAGAAGCCUACGUGUUCUUUGCCAAAGCAGCUGACAUGGGAAACUUGAAAGCUAUGGAGAAAAUGGCUGAUGCUUUGCUAUUUGGAAAUUUUGGCAUGCAAAACAUAACAGCAGCUAUCCAAUUAUAUGAGUCCCUGGCUAAAGAAGGAUCAUAUAAAGCCCAAAAUGCAUUAGGAUUUUUGUCUUCUUAUGGAAUAGGAAUGGAAUACAAUCAAGCCAAGGCACUGAUAUAUUACACCUUUGGAAGUGCUGGAGGAAGCAUGAUGUCCCAGAUGAUUUUGGGAUACAGAUAUUUGUCAGGAAUCAAUGUUCUACAGAAUUGUGAAGUUGCCCUAAAUCAUUACAAGAAGGUGGCAGAUUAUAUUGUUGACAAAUUGGAAAAAAGUGAAGGUAUUCCAGUGGAAAAAGUGAGACUAACUGAGAGACCUGAAAAUCUGAGUUCUAACAAUGAGAUUUUGGAUUGGGACAUAUACCAAUACUACAAAUUUUUGGCAGAAAGAGGAGAUGUUCAGAUACAAGUAUCUCUUGGACAAUUACAUCUAAUUGGGAGGAAAGGUCUGGAUCAGGAUUACUACAAAGCAUUAUACUACUUCUUAAAGGCAGCAAAGGCUGGGAGUGCAAAUGCCAUGGCAUUUAUUGGAAAGAUGUAUUUAGAGGGGAAUGUGGCAGCGCCACAAAAUAAUGCUACUGCCUUCAAAUACUUUUCCAUGGCAGCCAGUAAGGGCAAUGCAAUUGGUCUUCAUGGGCUUGGUCUUCUUUACUUUUAUGGGAAAGGAGUUCCUGUGAAUUAUGCUGAAGCACUUAAAUACUUUCAGAAAGCUGCAGAGAAAGGAUGGCCCAAUGCACAGUUUCAAUUAGGCUUCAUGUACUACUCUGGCUCUGGAGUAUGGAAGGAUUAUAAACUUGCCUUCAAAUACUUUUACUUGGCAUCUCAGAGUGGGCAACCCCUCGCCAUUUAUUACCUGGCCAAGAUGUACGCGACAGGAAGGGGAGUGUUAAGAUCGUGCAGAACUGCUGUGGAGCUUUAUAAAGGUGUCUGUGAACUAGGCCACUGGGCUGAGAAAUUCCUGACAGCAUACUUUGCCUAUAAAGAUGGUGAUAUAGAUUCUUCUCUUGUUCAGUAUGCACUACUUGCAGAAAUGGGGUAUGAAGUAGCUCAAAGCAAUUCAGCAUUCAUUUUGGAAUCUAAAAAGGCUAAAAUUCUUGAAAAAGAGAAGAUGUAUCCAAUGGCACUUCUCCUAUGGAAUCGAGCUGCCAUUCAAGGCAAUGCAUUCGCUAGAGUAAAAAUUGGAGAUUACCAUUACUAUGGCUACGGGACUAAGAAAGACUACCAGACAGCAGCCACACAUUACAGCAUUGCAGCUGACAAGUACCACAGCGCACAAGCCAUGUUCAACCUGGCCUAUAUGUACGAACAUGGUUUAGGUAUCACAAAGGACAUUCACUUGGCCAGGAGAUUAUAUGAUAUGGCUGCUCAAACGAGUCCGGAUGCUCACAUACCUGUUUUCUUCGCCCUCGUGAAACUGGAAACCGUGCAUUUGCUCCGAGAUAUCCUGUUUUUUAAUCAGUUCACCAUGAGAUGGAAAUGGAUGAAAUUGGACAACACCCUUGGACCAUACUGGGAUUUAUUUGUCAUUGGCCUAAUUGUUGCUGUGCUGAUCUUCUUGCUUAGAAAUCGCUAUGGGUAGGAUCUGGACCAUCGGAAAACCUGCUCAUGGGAACAGUUUACUUCAAGUUAUCCUCACUAAAUAAAGAAUUUCCUCGUCAAACUCAAGAGUCUGCUGCAGAUUUCCCACACAGGCCUGUGAUGGAAAAUGGACAAAGCUUGAGACCUGUCUUCAGAAACCAUUUGAGACUUCCUGCUUAGUUGUGGUGACCACUUGUGGCGGAGUGAGGUGCCGGAGACUGGUUACCAGAGGUUUCCUUAUAAACUUAUUGUCUUGGAGGUCUAGUCCCUAGUUAGGAUAAAGGCCACCCAUUUUCAUAUUGUUAUAACAGCCUUUCCCCUCUCAAGAGGACAAAUGGGUUUCUUGGCUCUUUCAUACAUACAGAAGUAGGGAGGAGGGGGAGUUUUGGGAAGGCAGGAACACAGAUCCCUCAGAAUCUGAUAAAGACACAAAUCUACAAAUAGACCCUUCAUCUUGCAGGAAUGAUCCUGUGAUUCUGGGAACCACAUUGUAGCUCUGAUGAGUGAAAGUUCGUUGUGGCAUGCUGUGCUGGGGGACGGACUCACACUCAUCACUGGGGGACCUUCUAUCAAACCUCCCCUUAGCACUUGUGCAGUGAACAGCACCACCUGAAUCUGUCCAGCAUUGUACCCCUCUCUACCAUCCCUCCCUGUUCUCCCUGGGCAAUCCCCUCUGGAGCACCCAUAGAGGGAGAGGACAGAGCUGAAGAGUCUGGUUCCCUGGCUCCUGUGGCAGGGAGAGCAAGGACCUGGGGCUGGGGGUAGGGUGGCCAAGGAGAGAGCAGGAGGCCCAGGACUCCUGUCAAGGGUCAGGCUUGAAUCUCAGCUCCAUAGCUCAUUAGCUAUUUGACAUCUCUGAGCCUCAGUCUCCUGAUCUGCAAAAUGGGAAGAUCUCAGUGAGCUGGUACAAGGAUUAAUUGGAUAAUGUAUGUUAAGGAAAUAUCACAGGGUCUGGUGUUCUAGAAUGAACUCCACAAAUGGUAGCUUCUAAUACUCUUUAAAAGCUCAUGGAAAAUUGACUGGAAUAUGAGGACAGCUGAGUUGAUAACAAUCUGUGUGGCUUCAGUGCCCUGCAGUUAGUUCUCCAGCCAAAAUCCUGGAUGUUAGGAAAAAAGUCAUGCUUGCCUACUUGAAAAUCCAACCCAGGGGCAGGAAAAGAGUGAAUUAAUAAUGUUCAUUGUAACCAGAAAGUAGAAUGAAAUGGUGAGAGAGAACUGAAUUUAGAACCAAACAACUUGGAUUUGAGGUCCAGCUCUGUCCCUUAGUAGUUCUAUGUAUGACUUUGGGCACAAUUUCUCUAAACCUUAGUUUUCCCCCCAUAAAAUGGGAUUACUUCCUACCUCACUGGAGAAUUGUGAGGCUUAACAUAAGUCUAACUUCAGAAAUGCUUUAUAAACAUUGCAGGUACAAAUACUAGCCAUAGUCAUUUAUUUGACCAUGAACUAAUCCACACCUUUCUGAGGUCCAAGUGUUUAGAAUUUCCUGGACAGACUCCCUCACUUACUAGAGAUUUCCACUUCUUUUUUUUUUUCUUUUCAAAUUUGUAUUUAAAUUCUAGUUAACAUACAGUGGAAUAUUGUUUCAGG